CAGGAGGAAAUCCACAAUUACGCACCUUGAAAAACUUCAAAGCGGUUUAAAUAUCCAUACGAUUGAUCCAUACUGCAUCGACACACAACAAAUCGACCAUAAGUGACAUGUUACCAUUUUUUGCUUGAGCGAAAGACUCUCUUGCGGGCGUUUAGAACAGCGCGCAGUCCACAGUCUCUGCUUUCUGUGAGAUUUUUUAUUAUUUUAGAAGAUUUUGGAACGUUUUCGCCAUGGCACCGCCACAAAACGGAUCUAACCUAACGGGGAACUUUACGAACCAGUUCGUGCAGCCGCCGUGGCGCGUCGCGCUCUGGUCUGUGGCGUACAGCUCCAUCCUCGCCGUCGCGGUGUUCGGAAAUCUCAUUGUGAUGUGGAUCAUUCUGGCGCACAAACGCAUGCGAACUGUCACCAAUUACUUUCUGCUCAACCUGGCGUUUUCGGACGCAUCGAUGGCUGCUUUCAAUACUUUGAUCAAUUUUGUUUAUGCCACGCAUGGCGAUUGGUACUUUGGAGAAUCCUACUGCAAAUUUCACAACUUUUUCCCAGUCACUUCUGUCUUUGCGAGCAUUUAUUCUAUGAGCGCUAUAGCGGUUGACAGGUAUAUGGCCAUUAUCCAUCCUCUGAGAUCACGUCUCUCAGCCACGGCCACUAAGGUUGUCAUUGUGUGCAUCUGGGUGCUGGCGGUGGUUUUGGCCUUUCCUCUCUGUUUCUUUUCAACCAUCAAGAAGUUACCCAAACGGACCCUUUGCUACGUUGCCUGGCCCAGACCUGCAGAAGACCCUUUCAUGUAUCAUGUCAUAGUAGCAGUGCUAGUGUACAUUCUGCCUCUGGUGGUGAUGGGUAUAACCUACACUAUUGUUGGCUUGACACUGUGGGGAGGAGAGAUUCCUGGUGACUCCUCCGACAACUACCAGGGCCAACUGAGAGCCAAAAGGAAGGUGGUGAAAAUGAUGAUCAUAGUAGUUCUGACUUUUGCCAUCUGCUGGCUCCCGUACCAUGUAUAUUUCCUCGUGACCGGCUUGAACAAGCUGCUGGUUCGCUGGAAGUUCAUUCAGCAGAUCUACUUAUCAGUCAUGUGGCUUGCGAUGAGCUCCACCAUGUACAACCCCAUUAUCUACUGCUGCCUGAACAGCAGGUUCCGGGCCGGCUUUAAACGGGUGUUCCGCUGGUGUCCGUUCGUGCAGGUGUCUGACUACGACGAGCUCGAGCUCAGAGCAAUGCGGCUUAAAGUGGCGCGGCAGAGCAGCAUGUACACGAUGUCGCGCAUGGAGACCACCGUCGUUGCCGUGUGUGACCCCUCAGAGCCAUACACCCACUCUGCCCGGAAGAGCCUUCACAACCAUCAGCACAACGGAUGCUCCAACUCUGCCCCGAAGGAGGAAUUUUGCUGAGAUGAGAUUCAUACUGAAGUAUCAAGCACAACAAUCCUAAUGAAGUGUCAUGAAUGAGAAGUAUUUUCUCACUUGCCAUUGUCAUCAUAUCAAUAAUUUCGUGUGCAGAUAUUAAACACAAUACAAUCAUGUAUUUCAGAAAUGUGUUUUCUGAAGUAUUAGUUUAUUGUGGGGAUUAAAAUAACUUGUAGAACAUUCAGCCCUUAUCAUUUCGAAGACCAACAAGGUCCUGCAUCACAGGAGCACUUUGUCCGUUCCAGAAAGCAUAGAUAGAGGAUUCCCUUUCAUGCCAAUCAGGAACCGUGUUCUCUUUCAUCAUACGCGAGUAAGGUUAGCAUGUUACGUAAACGCCAAAGGUUUCAUUUCUCCCAAAGGCCGAACGUUCUGUUCUUGUUAAAUUAUCUCAUGAUGUUUUAAACCGGCUGACCUCACGCCAUGAGCAGGAAAAUCAGUAGGUGGUGCAGCUUGUAUCUUCGGCACACCAGCUACAGUAUGUGUAUCAUCAAUCAUGGGGUGAAAUUUGUAAUGCUUUAAUUGUCUCCCAUUGAAUCUAAAAACACUUUUAAUUGAUCAGAAUCAGAUUUGUAAACAUUUCUAAAUGAGACGAACAUUUCCUUCUAAUGGUAGAAGAGCUGUGUUUGUAGCAUACUACCAUACUGUUUGUACAAACUUAUGGUAUAUCUGCAGUACACUGUAUACAGUAUGUACUCUGCUUAUUAUCCAACGUUUAUAUUUUUCUAAAGAUUAUUUAGCGAACACAUCCUAGUUUUUAAAACAUUUUACACAUACUUUGAAGAUGUUAAAAAACAGCUUGAUUUUUUAGUCAUGACAAUUUCCUUGGUUCCAUUUGUGUUGUUCCCUUGUUUUGAUUAGUCCAUUAAUUCUACGUUAGCAAGUUAGCAAUCCUGAUCUAUUCUGUAUAGGCACAUGCAUUACACACCAUGGCAACAAGCUGUUUUUACCAUUAUUGCCAAGGUAAAAAGGAAAAGUUUAUUUAAUGCAUAUUUACCUUUUACCUCUUCAGAAUUAUCUGUAGUAUUGUAUUUACAUAGCAUGUUACAAAUUCCCUUUCAAAUAUGACGAUGCAUGAACGCUGGAAGGUGAGAGAUGAAAGCUCUGGCUAAAAUCAAGGAAAGGCAUUUUCAAACCUGGAUAAAAGAUUAUUUCCUUUGACAACCUUAUAAUGAUGCAAGUGUGCCAUUUAUAUUUCUGUUUUAUCUUGGCCUUAGAAUAUUUUCAAAUGGUUUUAUAAUCACAGGGGGAAAAAAACUUGUCUUCUAAGAGACUGAUCUGGCAAGGAAAACAGUGACAGGAGUUCUAUAUGCACAUGCGUACCAUUGCAAGCGCAGGACAUGCGUAACCAUUAUCAAAAUACUACAUUUAAAGGGACACUGCACCCAAAAAUGAAAAUUCUGUCAUCAUUUACUCACCCUCUAGUUGUUAAAAACCUGUAUAAAUUGAUUUGUUCUGUUGAACAUAAAGAUAUUUGAACAAAUGUUAGCAACUGACAUUUCUGUGACAUCAUUGACUACGAGAAGGAAAAAUUAAACUGGUAGUCAAAGGUGCCCCAGAACGGUUUGCUUUCCUAAAUUCUUUAAAAUAUCUCAUUUUGUGUUCAACAGAACAAAAAAAAAUUAUACAAUACAUUUUCCUAUACUGUCAGUAGCUAACAUUUUUCCAAAUAUCUUUCUUUGUGUUUCAGAACAAAGAAAUUUAUACAGGUUUGGAACAACUUGAGGGUGAGUAAAUGAUGACAGAAUUUUCCUGUUUGGGAGGAGUAUCCCUUUAAGGAAAAUCUUGUAUUUACGCUAAUAUACUCUAUAACCCUUUAGAGAUACAUAGACAAAUCUGCAUUAUUUCUUAGUACCUUAAAUACUUUAUGGAGCUUGUCACAAAUUCAGCAAAUCAAGGUCAAUUUUACAGCUCCUUCAAAACUGGCAACCAACUCGCACACAGAUUUCCCACAAUAAUAUGUCUCUAUAGGACUCAUUUGAGUGCCUAAAAUGAAAGACAGCCUCAGAAAUGGGAUGUUUACAUUCGUACAACAACAAGCACAUACUUUCAUAUAUACACUGACACACACGUAGACAAAAAUACACCAUAGUUUUGUUCUUUAUUACAUUAUAUUAUACAUUAUACAUACCUUCUUUAUUUAUUAUGUUUUCUUAAAUUGUUUUUUUUUUACUUAAUUUUGCCUGCUUUCACAUCCAAUCGUGCAGUAACCCAACAUUAAUAAACAGAAGACAAGCUUGAUAGAUUUCCCAUUAGCCUCAGGCUUUGACUUGCUGGGACUGAGAAGUGCUAGACACAACCUUGAACUCAAAGUUGUGCUGUGGGAAACAUGUCUGGAGGCUUUCGGUAUGCUCCCCCUCACUACACUAUGUAUUGAAAGUUUAAUGGAUAUUUUCCAGAUGAGGAAAGGCAGCUGAGGUCCCACCAAAAAACAGCUUUGAUGGAGGGGUGACACUUGUCGGUCUUUAUGUGCAUGCAAAGACAUUCACACACACACACACAAAUGCACAAAUACCGCAUAUAUUUUAUACAUAAAAAAUGCAUGAAAAAAAAUGAUGUUUCUUUUUUACACUUACACUUCAGUCCUAAAAACUGGGGUUGGUGAUAUGCCAAAUUUUUAAAACAUUUUUAAAUAAAUAAUUUAAAGUAUUUAGAUAACAAAUACCUAACUAGAGAGAGAUUCAUCACAUUUAUAAUAUUUUUUGGGCAAAUGAUCAAGUGUACGAAUAUAGUUUAAUGAUUAUCAUACAGAGGGAGAAACAUGAUCAAAAACAUAUCAACUUUGUCUUUUGUUCAAAGCUUGAUGUCAUUUUGUGGCCUGAUAUUUUGUCAUGUAUCAGCUCUGUCAAAGCCUUGCAUCUCUUUUUUGCAUUUUUGUAAGUUAAUGUGUAACCAAUAUGUAGUUUAGCCCGUAUUUGUUGUUUUUUAAGUAAAGGACAUACAGUGAAUGUGCGAGACAAUUUGAAAGUAUUAACCAUGAAUGUAGGUUUCAACAUUGGCACAUUUCAAUAGUGUUGUAAAAAUGUGUUUAAUUUAAUGGACAACAACAGAAAACAAUACAAUUAGAUGCUGUAUGAUACAUUAACUUACAGUGUAUGAAUAAUCUCACAAUACAGCCAUUAUCAAAUGUCAUCUAUCUUAUUAAACAAAGUAGAGUAGAGUCUUUCUUGAAUUAUUAUGUAGCUCAGGGGUUCCCAAAUUUUUCAGCCCGCGACCCCCAAAAUAACAGUGCCAGUGACUCGAGACCCCCACUAUCCUCGGAGGUGGUUAAAGUAUACAAAUGUUGCGCGCAAAUGCGCCCAUGCACCUAUUCUACCCAAACGUGCAUAAUGACAACACAAAAGAGCACAGUCUAACAUAAUAUUAUUUUAUAGUUAUUUACUCUUUAACUUUAACUUUUACUUGUUGUUAUACAUAAACUAUGAACUAUUACUACAGAUGGUUUAAUUUCAUCAAACUGAUUUGAGUGCUGAUGGAUGUGCCUCUUUUCGUACCUGAGGACAAUGGCCCCUCUGACUGCGGCGCUGCUCCGCCCUCCUCCGCUGACCUCCCUGCGUUUUCUUUGGUCGAUAUUAAUCAAUCAGCAAAAUUAAUUUCAUUUCGACAAAUAAAAAUAUCCUAAUCUGCGUGCACAUGGGACUGUUUAACGUGGUGCUGUAAAUGGACUUGCUGCACCUAACCUAAAGCAGUUGCUGAUGUCGUUAAUGUGACGUAAUCACCUCAGGGGUCAUGAUCGAGGCUGAUGGCUUUUUAUUUGCCUGGUUUAUUUUUGACUUAACUAAUAUUUUUAUAUUUUGCUACACUUAUUGAUUACAUACGCUAUUUCUAAUAAAAAAAUGAUUUCUAGAAGUCAUGUUGCGACCCCGCCCUCGCGGCUUUGCGACCCCCACUUUGGGAACCCCUGAUGUAACUCAUGUAGAUUUUUUCUGUAAGUUUAAAUACCAUCUUGUGCCCUUAUAAUGUAAUGCAAACAGCAAUUCUAGAUUCUGAAUCUCAUUUGUUGUGCUGAGUAUAAUUAGGCUCUCUUACCCUAUUUAAUAGGCCAUGCAGGUCUUUUGUUAAAACCUGUGUGUACAAAAAGGUGUAUUUUGUGUAAACUCGCAUAAUCUUGAUGUACCUCAGUGAUCUGCUCAAGGUCUUAUAAGACAGAGCUGUUCACUGCUUUAUACUUGUGGAAAUGUUUGUGCAGGUAGAGACGUAUUGCACGUAUUAUCCAUGUACAGUUUAUUGUUAUAUUCAUAAAGAUGAGCUUUGUUUGGAGAAUUAAGAUUUCAUUUGAAAAUGAUUGUAUCAGUUGGGUAAAUAUAUGCUCAUAUUUUGGUAGGCUGUGCUGCAUUAUCGAUAGCUUGUGACAGAUGAGCUUAACUGAAUGUUAAAUAUGCCUGAAGUCUUCGCUACUUGUUUACAAUGAACCCCAACAUACUAUUUUACAUUUGUUCUUUCAAAUGACUGAAACGGUUUACAAACAUUGAUAUAAAAGCAAAGAAAAAAAACUGUGGGUUAAAGCUCACUUGUUACAAAAUGCUUGCUGUUAUAAUAAUGGUGUUGUCUUGCAUGUGAAUUAGAUUGUUUAUUAAUUUGUGAAUUUGUGUUGUUUACAUACAAAAAAGGCUCUGUACUGCCAAUGACUUUUGAUAUUUUUAAUUUCAAGUACAUGUAUUGUAAUUGCCAAACUGUGUUCAAGAAAAUAAAAGUGUUC